UGCCCGGAGUCCCCCUCCCCUUCCUCCCCACCCCCUCCCUUCCCCAGCCCUUCCCUCCCCCUUGUCCAGGGAUCUUUCCGUCGCACCCACCAUGAUGGAAGACGACGGACAGCCCCGGACUCUAUACGUAGGUAACCUCUCCAGAAAUGUAACCGAAGUCCUUAUACUUCAAUUAUUCAGUCAAACUGGACCCUGUAAAAGCUGUAAAAUGAUAACCGAGCGUACAAGCAAUGACCCAUAUUGCUUUGUGGAAUUUUAUGGACACAGAGAUGCAGCUGCUGCAUUAGCUGCUAUGAAUGGGAGAAAAAUUUUGGGAAAGGAGGUCAAAGUAAACUGGGCAACAACACCAAGUAGCCAGAAAAAAGAUACUUCCAAUCACUUCCAUGUGUUUUUUGGGGAUUUGAGUCCAGAAAUUACAACAGAAGAUAUCAAAUCAGCAUUUGCCCCCUUUGGUAAAAUAUCCUGCCCAAACUCCAAAAUGAUGGCCAUGGAUGCCCAGGUAGUCAAAGACAUGGCAACUGGAAAAUCCAAAGGCUAUGGUUUUGUAUCUUUUUAUAACAAACUGGAUGCAGAAAAUGCAAUUGUGCAUAUGGGAGGUCAGUGGUUGGGUGGUCGUCAGAUCCGAACCAAUUGGGCCACAUGUAAACCACCUGCACCUAAAAGUACACAAGAAAACAACACUAAGCAGUUGAGAUUUGAAGAUGUAGUAAACCAGUCAAGUCCAAAAAAUUGUACUGUAUACUGUGGAGGAAUUGCUUCUGGGUUAACAGAUCAGUUUAUGAGACAGAUGUUUUCACCAUUUGGACAAAUUAUGGAAAUAAGAGUUUUUCCAGAGAAGGGCUAUUCGUUUGUCAGGUUUUCAACCCAUGAAAGUGCAGUCCAUGCCAUUGUUUCAGUGAACGACACUACAAUUGAAGGACAUGUUGUUAAAUGCUAUUGGGGUAAAGAAUCUCCUGAUAUGACUAAAAACUUCCAACAGGUUGACUAUAGUCAGUGGGGCCAAUGGAGCCAAGUUUAUGGAAACCUACAGCAGUACAGACAGUAUAUGGCAAAUGGGUGGCAAGUACUGCCUUAUGGGGUGUAUGGGCAACCAUGGAAUCAACAAGGAUUUGGAGUAGAUCUAUCACCUUCUGCUGCUUGGAUGGGUGGAUUUGGUGCUCACCCUCCCCAAGGACAAGCCCCUCCCCCUGUAAUACCUCCUCCUAACCAAGCUGGAUAUGGUAUGGCAAGUUACCAAACACAGUGAGCUGGGACUCUAAACAAAAUUGUAAUUCAUGAUAGGCUUCGGUUUUCCUAUGACACUCUGAAGACAUGAAAGUAGACAUCAGAAAAUGAAAAUAUUUAUUUUAAAAAUUGAAAUGUUUGGAACCUUUAGCACAGCUUUACUUUGGUGAAGGACACAUGUCUUCUAGUUCUGCCUUUUUAAGUUUUUGUUCAUGAUGGAUAUGAACAUGAUUUUUCUUUGUGUACAAAAACUAAAAUAAAGUCAAUAAAGACAA